AUGGCGUUAGAUUCUCGGGCGAGCGGGUAUGAUGUCCAGUUUGUCGAGAGGCACAGAGAACUCGCUGAGAAGUACAUGUGCGUCAUUUGCCGAAUGGUACCCAGAGAUGUACACCAGCUGACAUGCUGUGGGAAACUCAUCUGCCGUCACUGCAUAGAGGACUACAAAAGAAAGUCAUCUCACAACUGUCCGGUCUGUCGUAAGCAUGGACUCAAUUAUUUCAAUGACACUAGUCGUAAUCAAGAAAUCCUGAGUCUAAAGGUCUUUUGCUAUUAUAAAGAGCAUAGUUGUCAAUGGAAUGGAGAGCUGAGGGAUCUGAUUAGAAAUCAUGCAGAUGCAUGUGUUUUUAAGCUAGUUUUGUGUGAUCAGUGUGAUACUAGGGUGCCUGUAAAAGGUCUUGGGGAUCAUCUUGCCAGCGCCUGUGUUAAACGCAUGUUUUGGUGCCAAUUUUGCAAAGAGUCCGGAUCAUUUGAAUUCAUACAAGAUACUCACCUCAACAAAUGUCCAGAGCGCCCGAUCGAAUGUCCCAAUGGCUGCCGAAUUACAGUGAAAAGGAAAGAGAUUGAAGCUCAUCGCAGCGUCUGUAUGCAUCAACUUGUUCAUUGCUGUUACCACCCGAUCGGUUGUAACAUAAUGGUGGAGCGCAUGUAUAAAGCUGGACAUGAAGCAAACUGCUCAAAGAAAGGAAUAAAGUCCCUUGCACACAGGAAAGACACCCUCCCCAUUAACAUCUGCAUCGACAAUUUUGAGUCACUCAAGGAAAACAAGGAAGAGUGGGAACAAGACUUCUUCACAAAAGAUGGAGGCUACUUCAUGACACUUAAGGUCUGUCUUGCAAAGUCGUCUGAUGCCAUUGGCUGCUUCUUUUACCUGAGAGCUGGUCCCCACGAUAACAGUCUCAUUUGGCCUUUUCGUGGAAUAUUGGUUCUAGAAAUAAUCAACCAGAAAAAAGACGAGAACCAUUACUCCAGUGAGAUACGAUUUCUUACUAACACACCUGGCCCAUAUAAUAGUCGUGUGAUUGAUAAGGAUAUAGCUUCUUAUGGAUUAGGGGAACCAGAAUACGUAACUCACACAUUUCUCUCUCAAUGUACCCAGUACUGUAAAUAUUUGGAAGACAACAAGAUGAUUCUACGUGUUAGUAUUAAGGGUAUUGAUAAUUGCAGAAGUUCUAUUGGCUUUUCUUAA